AUGAGGUCGAUCGUUACCUUCAUACGCUCCUCAGUGGGCCAUGUGAGAUGGUUUCAUUCUCAGCGGAAAGGCUUUGAUGCCCUUUCAACACACCGAUUGGCGAGCAAGCAAUUCCGCACCGGGUUCUUCACCACCACCCCUCAAGACGAGGCUAAGAAGAAGACCCGAGGCAUCCCUACUGUCCCCGCUGUUAUUAUCGCUGGCGGACUGUUCGUCUGGGCUCUCUAUCCUUCCGAAGAAUUCGACCAAAUCUCGGAGGCUCAGACUUACCGCCGUGAGCGACAGCUCCAGCGAAAACGCGACAAAGAGAAGCUGGAAAGAGAGGAAGAGCAGGAGCGCCAAGACCGACAAGCAGCGAAGAACGGUUCGUCGGCCGCGUGGAACACAUUCUCUUCCAGCUUUGAAGCUUUCUCCGAUGCGGCUGAUAUAGAAUGGUCUUCCCUCUCCGACCGAGUUGUUGGCUUUAUCCUCCCGGAGUGGUCCAAGCAAAUUCCUGGUUUCGUCCGCAAGCUGCAGCGUGAGUUGUCCUUGGCGCCUGGGUCUCUUGCCGAUGAGAUAUGGCGUGACGCCCACGAUCCCUUCAUCAACCCCGAAAUCCGCCAUGAGGCGACUGUCCGCAUCUCGACUGAUCUCUGCGACGAUGAGAAAGAGUUCCUCGCCCGGCGAAAGAUGGUCACACGAGUUGCCCUGGCCAAGUAUCUUGAGAUUGACGAAAACGAAAUUCAUCCCGACGAUGUCCCCGUUAUUGCCAUGUGCGGCUCUGGUGGGGGCUUACGAGCUCUGGUCGCUGGCUCUGGUUCUCUUCAUGCAGCCGAUCAAGACGGACUCUUCGACUGCGUCACCUACACUUCCGGUGUUUCCGGCUCCUGCUGGCUUCAGACCCUCUACUUCUCCUCCGUUGGCGGCCGCAGCUUCCCCCGCAUCCUGGAGCAUCUCAAGUCUCGUGCCGCCAUCCACAUCGCCUACCCACCCGUUGCCUUUCAGGCUAUUGUCUCUGCUCCAACUAGCAAAUACCUUUUGAGCGGCCUGGUGGAGAAGCUGCGCGGCGACCCUCAAGCUAGUUUUGGCCUUGUCGAUAUUUACGGUCUGCUUCUGGCCGCCCGAUUUCUCGUUCCGAAGGGUGAACUUGAGGUCUGCGACAGUGACUUCAAGUUGAGCAACCAGCGCCAAUAUAUCAAAUAUGGACAGAAUCCCAUGCCAAUUUACACGGCAGUUCGCCACGAAAUCCCAGGUAUCGAUGACAACGAGCCCAUCGAUAGCGUUGAGGCCGCCAAGGAGAAGGCCGCUCGAGAGGCAUGGUUUCAGUGGUUUGAGAUCACGCCGUAUGAGUUCUUCUGCGAAGAAUUCUCAGCAGGAAUACCAACCUGGGCCCUUGGUCGUAAAUUUAACAACGGUGUCGAUGUACCUCCUGAAGAGGGCUUCCAUCUGCCAGAGGUUCGCGUGCCGUUCCUCAUGGGUGUCUUCGGCUCAGCUUUCUGCGCAACACUCAGCCACUACUACCGCGAAGUCCGACCCCUUGUUCAGUCUCUUUCGGGUUUCAUGAACCUCGAUGAGAUCAUCUCUGGUCGCUACAACAACGACCUCGAGAAGGUUCACCCCAUUGACCCAGGGACUGUCGCCAACUUUGCCUACGGCAUGCACGGCCGACUCCCUGACACCACUCCACCGAGCAUCUAUGAUAAUGAGUACAUCCAGCUCAUGGAUGCUGGCAUGAGCAACAACUUGCCCCUUUACCCUCUCAUGCGCCCUGGACGUGGUGUUGAGGUUCUCAUCGCGUUUGAUGCCUCCGCUGAUACGAAGAUGGAUAAUUGGCUUGCCGUCGCAGAUGGCUAUGCUCGUCAACGCAAAAUCAAAGGCUGGCCCGUCGGUAUUGGCUGGCCCAAGCCUGGCGAGGCACCCGAAGAACUCACAAAAGAGCUUGAAAAUGCCGAGGCUUCCGAUUUGAAGGAUGCCGACAGAAGGCUCAACGAAGCGCAGGUCGAACAGAAGAAAACCCCAGGCAAAAACACAACUGACGAUCUGGGGUACUGUACCGUUUGGGUGGGAACGUCGCAGGAGCGGUCCACCAGCCCGCCUCCGCCAUCCAGAGCUCUCGAUGAAUCGACGCACUGGCACAUCUCUGAGCCGGACGCGGGGAUCGCGGUUGUGUACUUGCCACUCCUCGGCAAUCCAGAAGCCGUGCCAGGUGUCAGUCCUGGCGAGUCGGACUUCUUGUCGACCUGGAACUUUGUCUACACGCCCGAGCAGAUUGACCAGGUCGUUGAUCUAGCCCGCGCCAACUAUGCACAAGGCCAAAGGCAAAUUCGCGAGACGGUGAGGGCGGUCUAUUUGCGGAAGAAGAAGCUCAGGGAGGCCAAGGAGAAAGAGCGAAAGUCAGAGCGAUACCGGGGCCUCGUCAGACGGGGAAUGGGGACGAGAUUGGGCGAGGGCGAUCAGUUCAGUUGA